UCGCCGCGCGCUGCAGACUGGCAAACUUGUGCAGGCAAACGCUCUUUGUCGCUUUCCUUUCUUGUGUAUACUUGGUCCUGGGGUUGCCGGGCACCCGUCGCUAUGUCGACUGCCCUCAGCUCAACGGAGGCUUAUUCGCUGCUGUCGCUCUCCUUGGCGGCCGUGGGCGUGCUGUUGAACACGUUCACGGGUGAAGGUGAGCCGCUGAUCGCCUCGAUUGCUUUCAGCUGCCUUGCUUUUUCGUCCUGCUAUGCACUCAUACGAUGGCUCGGGAAUGCCUUUAUACGGCGGGGCUUCAAGGGCAAGGAUCUGUGCAAACUCAAACAAACCGAAAUCCCGGAAACCAUGGGCGCCGUGUGUGCCAUGGUGUACCUCUUCACCAUCAUAACCUUCAUCCCCUGGCCAUUCUACAAAGACAUUGUCGUUGCAACGUCAGGUGGUGGUAAUCGCGAUGUCAUUAAAGAGCUAGAAGAGGUCGAGACAGGAAGGCUGCUCCACCGGUUCCCUCACAACAAGCUCGCGUCGUAUCUAUCCGCUAUCCUUUCGUUGCAGACCAUUGUGCUGUUGGGUAUUGGCGAUGAUCUGUUCGACAUCAGAUGGCGGCACAAGGUGUUCAUCCCGGCGGUUGCCGCUAUCCCGAUGCUCAUUGUCUACUUUGUGGACUUUGGUGUCACUCAGAUGGUGGUCCCGAUACCACUGCGACCGUAUCUCGGAGAGCUGUUUGAUCUUGGCUGGCUGUACUACGCGUACAUGGCCUUGCUUUCCAUCUUCUCCUCGAACAGCAUCAACAUCCUCGCGGGCAUCAACGGUAUCGAGGUUGCCCAGUCGCUGGUGAUUGCGGUGCUGAUCGUGGCCAACGACGUGCUGUACCUGUCACCGUUCACUGCAUAUCCGCACCCUGCCACGGACUCGCACUUGUUCUCUCUCUAUCUGCUGUUGCCCUUCAUCGGAGUGUCACUCGCGCUUCUCAAGCACAACUGGUUCCCAGCCAAGGUGUUCGUCGGAGACACGUACUGUUAUUUCGCAGGGAUGGUGUUUGCGGUUGACGGGAUCCUGGGUCACUUCAGCAAGACACUGAUCCUGCUGCUGUUGCCCCAAGGAUUCAACUUUAUUUACUCGGCUCCACAGCUGUUCCAUAUUGUACCAUGCCCCCGACAUCGGCUCCCGCAUUUCAAUGCACGGACCGGGCUGCUCGAAUGCUCACGCGUCGAGUUCAAGAAGCCUCUUGCCCGUCCGGUCGCGGAAGGACUGAAGGUACUGCACCGACUUCGGCUGCUCGACGUUGAAACAGACGAAAACGGGCAGGUAGUGUCGUCGUCCAACUUUACGCUCAUCAACCUGUGGUUGGUGUGGUUUGGGCCGAUGCGGGAGGACCGCCUUGCAUUGGGCCUAUUGGCGUUUCAGACAGCAGUUGGGGUAGCAGGACUACUUGUACGGCACCGCAUGGCGCUACUUGUAUUCACAGCAGACAACUGGUACUAGGAAACUGGCGGUGCAGGUCGGGGAGCGACCGGCCAGGGUAGGAUAGGGCGAAUGUUGACAAAGACUGCUUCUUCGGACCGCAGGCGGGACCGACCGCUCGCUCCAGCAUCCGAGCAGCGGUUUGCGUGUGAGCAAGUGCGCCAAUCGGAGAGCACGAGUUGUGCGCUUACAGGCGCGUGGCUAAUGGCGAUUAAACGCGGGGCCUGGCGGGGCACGUCGCAGCCAAAGAGAGGUGCACAGAACGUCAUCACCAUCCGGCUUUGCGCAUGUGCCGAGCAUCGUUCAGCCAAGCGGUGCAGCGCGGACAGGCGUCGCGAAUGGAAUCGUAGUCCGCGAUCGCAAUGGCGGCCAGGUCUUACAUGAGCGCCUGCAACCCCGCCACAGUUAUGCGGUAGCUCGCGCUGCUAGCCGAGAGCGCCC